AUGGAAGAAUAUUGUGUCGUUGUAAAAGAAAGGGGAUGCCGUGAAGUGGAAGAGUCGCAUGAAGAGUCCCGCAGAUCGACUACUGCGCUUGAGGAGUCCCAGGCACCAAGCAUCCCGGAAGGUACUUUCGAUGGCCUUAGCCGAUUGCAAGAGCGAGCAGAUGCCGACAAGAAGAAUGCUGAUGAACCUGGGAAAAUUUCCCAAGAAUUGGAGGGCAAGUUGCAGGCUGGCUUGGGCUGUUGGGCCAUGCGCUGCACCAAACCUAGGACAGCCCGAGCCGUGGUCCAGGACUUGGGAGCCAGCAGUGCUUCAAAAUCACCAGGACUCAAUGAGUUGGCUAAGAUCAGUGAGCAAAACUCUGAGAGAGAUGUUCACACCCUCACCAGCAAGAAAUUCCUGCUGUCCAUUCCAAUAGAGUUGACAACGAUUCCAAAGCCUCCUGGCAUCAGAUACUCUGGUGAUUUUCAUGCCAUCCGCCUCAGAGACUGGUGCCGGUUCUUAGUUGACUACGGAUGUUGGCAUGUCCUUGUUGGCUUAUCAAGGGCCAAUCCUGUCAGAGAGCAAGCGAUCCUCAGAGAAUUUUGGAGGCGCUAUCGCUUGUGGCGACCUGACCAUCAAAUUUGGCGUCUUGUUGACUGUGGAGCGGUGGACCUGUCAAGAACAGCACCCAUGAUACUUCAUGGGGAUGAAGGCAGGGGGUUCAAGCGUGGUGCUUUUCUGGUGGCGGCGUAUCACUCUUACAUCGGGAGAGGAACGAAUCUUGCCAACAUGCAAAUGCGGCUUAACUACAGUGGUAGUUCUUGGUCUCACCGGUUCCUGUCCACGUGCUUGCCGAAGAUGUGUGCAGACACUGUGGCCCUGGAGAGCCUGUUGAACUUCAUGACGCAGGACGCACUUGACAUUCUCCACAAGCCAGUGUUGGACUCUAUGGGCAACAAAUACAGUAUGGCUGUACUUCAGGUCAGUGGUGAUUGGCAAUUUUUAGCGAAGGUAAUCAAACGAGUUUUACAGCGUGGGCUCCAUGCCACCUUUGCUCACUUCGUCGAUUGCGGAUACCUUCAGACCUGUCGGCGCCCUUGCCUUCCGGAAGAGAAAGAGGGAGAAGUCCCGGCAGAUGUGCGUUUGACAGACGCCAGACUGACAGACGCCAGACCCAAGGCGGAGAGCUUUACCGGCAGUUUCGGUUUUGGCGGCAGCAGCAGCACAGGGAGUUUUAGCUUGGGUUUGCGUGGCCGAAAUCACACUAUGGUGUCCGCUCCCUUUCAGAACCUCUUGAAGCAGUUGGCGCAGCAACACGUGAAGGAGUUGGCCGAGCUGGCGUCCGCUUCCAGUGCCAGGAGGACCGAGGCGGCUGAUGUGGCGAUCAGCAAAAGUAACGAGUCGGAGCUUGAGAUGGACGGCUCUGGAAAGGUGGAGCGCUACACGACCCCCAACAUGUCCAUCGAACACUGGAUCCGGGCGCGGCAAAUGUCCAGCGCCAGCGGAAGCAGGUCAAACUUUGGAGGAGGCACCGGGGACUUCGAGGUGGAGAACUCCACGACUUUUCAACGACACACCAGCCCUUCAGCCAUGAGUGCCUUCAGUGGACUCGCUUCGGAGAGCUUCCGCACCAGGCUCGAUCGGGCCAGCUCUCCGGCUACAACGCCACACCUCAUGGAUGCUGCGAUGAUGGUCAAUCACAGCACCCUUCGCGAGUUGGAGGCCGAGGACAUCUUAGGCGUUUGGGAUGCCACGAAGGACAUCCUGGCCUCAGGUAGUGACGAGGAGAAGAUGCCGCAGACCAGGUGCCAACGACUCCUGCAGAGCAGACCCUUCGAGCUCUGCAUGGUUUGUCUUUUGUUGGCCAAUGUCUUCUGGAUGGCAUUGCACUUGCAAGUCUAUGGUUGGGCCAGCUACGCCCAGGAGACCUUGUCGUCGACCUGGAGCACCGCCUUCGAGGUGGGUGACGUGGCCUUUGCAGUGAUCUUUGCUGUGGAGGUGACACUACGAGGGCUCGUCCAGGGGCGGAGGUUCUGGCUUGCAUGGAUGAACUACAUCGAUGUGAUCGUUGGCAUCGCAUGUGUGAUUGAAAUUUUCUACAUCGCCACUGCGACUCGCACCUUUGAUUUUUCCCUCAUCCGCCUUCUGCGUGUGGUCAAGAUCACCAAGUCUGUUCGAAUGUUCAACAUCACCAGUACUUUGGCGCCUUUGCAUUUGCUCAUCAAGUGCUUGGAGGCCUGCGUGGGCAUGCUGUUUUGGAGCUUCCUCUUGAUGAGCUUCGUUCAAUGCAUGGCGGGAAUCAUCGUCAGCGAGCUUUGCUAUGGCUUCAUUUCCGAUCCUCAAAACGACCGUGCUGCUCGAGAUCUGGUCUUCACGUACUAUGGAACCUUCACGCGAACGAUCCUCUCGAUGUUCGAGAUCAUGUUCGCCAACUGGGCACCAGCCUGCCGCGUGUUGGUGGACAAUGUGAGCGAAUGGUUCUCAGUCUUUUUCCUGGUCUACAGGUGUGUCAUGGGCUUCGCGGUCCUGAAUGUGGUGUCCGCGGUGUUUGUGCAACAGGCCAUGAAGACUGCGUCGAGCGAUGAGGAGCUGGCCUUCCGACAGAAGGAGCGAGAAGUCCAGGCCUGCAACCGAAAGGUCUUGAAGCUGUUCCAGUCCAUCGACCAUUCAGGUGAUGGGGCCAUCAGCCUGGAGGAGUUCGAGAAACUGGUGCAGUCGCCCAAGCUCAAGUUUUGGAUGAGCCAGUUGGAGUUGGAGUACCACGAUUUGCUGAGUUUGUUUGAGUUCCUCGACAAUGGUGAUGGACAAAUCACGCUGGUGGAGUUCAUAGAGGGUGCUCAGCGCUUGCGCGGGGGCGCGAAAGCGCUGGACAUUUGGCGCAUGGAAACGAAGAUCGAGGUGCUCUUUGAAGAGGUCCUCAAAAGCCUCACCCGGCCCAGUGCUGACUUGGUAGUCGAGGCCAGCGCACCAUUGAGCAGUCCUGCCGACACCCCCGAGACCACCGACGAGAGACCCAGCAGAAGCCCUUCCAAGGAGAGAAUCGAGACGGUGAACGUGCACCAAGUCUUUCAGAAGAGUGCCUUUAAGCACAUCCGCGCCACGACCUCACGGCACUUCGAUGCGGAGGAAUGUGGAUGA